GGGGGAAAAUUGUAUUUUCUGGAAGGUAAUCGCCACGAAACGGCACUAUUUUAUUGGUUAUCGUUUGAUAUCAGUAAGCAUUAAGACAGUUUUUGUUGGGUGAAAUAUUUAAAAUAAAGUAGUCCAACGCGGAACCAAAGUUAUGGGCUGGAGUUUCAUGGGGGUCAGAAUUCGUCGCUACACAACACCGCUAGGCUCGCAUCUCGUCUCAGUGCAUGAAUGGAAUGAUAGUAGCUUUAGAAACCUGUGACCCAGGAAUGGAAACUGGAUGCAAAGGUUUCAUUUGUCUGCAGCUGUCGAUUUAACCAGGGAAACAUUUCCCCGUAAUUCAAAUUUAAAUAGUUUUGUGUGUCUUUAUAGAGCGGAAGCUAAGUAGCCGCUAGCAUAAAACUACCAGUCAGGCUGUCGUUGUCCUGCAGAGCUAGCCCGUCUUGAUCCAACAACAGAGCAAAAAUGAUUGAAACUAUAUUGGACCUACCGGUGGAGAAGCAGAUAUUUUAUGCUGUUUUGGGAUUUUCAUGGGCAGUCUACCUAUGGGAGGCAUACCUUUCUCACAGACAGAGGAGGAUAUACAGACUGACAACACAUGUACCACAGGAGCUGGGAAAGAUCAUGGAUUCUGAAACCUUUGAGAAGUCACGUCUUUAUCAGCUGGACAAAAGCAACUUCAGCUUUUGGUCUGGGCUCUAUUCGGAGACUGAAGGGACGUUGAUCCUGCUGCUUGGUGGAAUCCCCUUCCUGUGGGGCGUUGCCGGUUCUGUGACGGUUCGCUUUGGGCUCAGUCCGGAGUACGAGAUCACUCAGUCCCUCGUGUUUCUGACGCUCGCCACCCUGUUCAGUGCCUUCACCGGGCUUCCCUGGAGUUUGUACAACACGUUCGUCAUUGAGGAGAAGCACGGGUUCAAUCAGCAGACGUUGGGAUUCUUCCUGAAAGAUGCUGUGAAGAAGUUCAUUGUGACCCAGUGCAUCCUGCUGCCUGUGACCUCACUGCUGCUGUACAUCAUAAAGAUCGGUGGAGACUACUUCUUCAUCUAUGCCUGGCUCUUUACCCUGGGUGUUUCUCUGGUACUUGUGACCAUCUACGCUGAUUACAUUGCUCCACUGUUUGACAAGUUCACUCCGUUGCCAGAAGGAGAGCUAAAGACCGAGAUUGAGUCCAUGGCCAAAAGCAUAAGCUUCCCCCUCACGAAGGUUUACGUAGUUGAAGGCUCCAAACGAUCGUCGCACAGCAAUGCGUACUUCUACGGGUUCUUCAAGAACAAGCGCAUUGUGCUGUUUGACACUCUGUUGGAAGACUAUUCGCCGCUCAACAAAGCUGGGGAGCCACAGCCCGAGCAGCCAGAGAACGACGAGACGUCCAGCGAAGCAAAAGCCAAGCCCAAGAACAAGAAACAAGGAUGCAACAACCGAGAGAUCCUCGCCGUCUUGGGUCAUGAGCUUGGCCACUGGAAGCUCGGCCACACUGUCAAGAAUAUCGUCAUCAGUCAGAUGAAUUCCUUCUUGUGUUUCUCGCUCUUUGCUGUUCUGAUUGGACGCAAGGAGCUGUUUGAAGCUUUUGGCUUCACCGACAGCCAACCCACAUUAAUAGGCUUGAUGAUUAUCUUCCAGUUCAUCUUUUCCCCUUACAACGAGCUCUUGUCCUUCUGUCUGACAGUCCUGAGUCGCAGGUUUGAGUUCCAGGCAGACGCCUUUGCACGCGCUAUGGGCAAAGCCUCGGAGCUCUACUCUGCCCUCAUCAAGCUCAACAAAGACAACCUGGGUUUCCCCGUCGCUGACUGGUUGUUCUCCAUGUGGCACUAUUCCCACCCUCCUCUCCUGGAGCGCCUCAGAGCGCUGGGCAACGUCAAGCAAGACUGACGGGGAUGGAAGGGGGGGCAGCGACCGCCGCCUCCUCCGAAGGGCCUUCGCAGACCGCUCCUGGCCUUGUGAUGCACCUGCAUUUUUCUUCUGAUCUGCCCCCCUUUAUCUCGUUUUAUCUUGUUUUAGCCUUCUCUUCACUUGCCCUACUUUCCAUUUUGUUCCCUUUUAAACAAAACCAAAUUGUAUCAGCACAAGGAAGCCUAUAAACUAUGAGCCUGUACUAUCUCAUUCUAUACAAACGCCUGUUAUGCACUGGUGUGACCAAUACAUCUAGGUGCACUUAAAUAAGGAUAUUGUCAAAUUUUGAAGCUUGACCUGAUAGUUUUGUUUUAGAAAUUAUGUUAUUUUUGCACAAUUUGAUUCUGAUUCAGAGAUCAUUGACAAAAACAUCCUGGUCCUGAGAUGCAAACAUAAGAAUAAUUCUUAAUGAUUUCUUUAUUAGGUCACUCUCACAAUAUGUUAUUACCUUAACGGUUGAGCAUUUAAAAGAAACACCCACAAUACACACUGUUGACAAUGCUUUUUAUAGAUGCUCAUGCCAGAUCUUGAUUUGUCUCACGAGUUAAACUGUUGUUUCUUUAACAGUACGACAAAACGUUUUAGAGGAACUCUGUUGAUGCUUCGUCACAGUGACAAAGUGUGAGCGCCUCCAACUAUUUCUGUUUUCCUUCCGAUUUCAUUUGAAAUUAGGUUUUCAUUUUCUACACACAAUGGGGGGAACAUUUUACUUUUCUAAAGCGUUUUGCUUUGGGGUCCAACCAUACCUGUAUAUAUGUAACUUUGGUGAUUAGAGUAAUGCUGUAUGAAGUGACUUGUGAAAAAAAAAACGUUGAAUGUGAUUUGAAAUUUUUAAGUUGGCAUGAUGUUUCUUUAAUUUUUUUUUUUUUCUUUGUUUCAUAGUUUUGGGCCAGUGUUGUCUGGCAAGCAAAGUAUUUAUAUUGGACUUGGGCGAGGGGGUCUGCAAGGUUCCUUUCACCAUGUGAGCCUGAGUUUGGUUUGUUCUAAGAGGGGACUCUAUGCUUUCAUUGCAGCGUUGAAAAAUUAAAAUAAAAUUCUUCAAAGCA